AUUCAACCGGAAGUACCUCACACCUGACAUGACCUUAAAUGUAACAACAAUGGCGGCCACAGCAGUCCUCGCACAUUUACCAUAAAAUAGCCUUGUGUCGGGGGUUCAGUCCGAAAGUUACCGCCACAAAAUAGUCUUGUGUCGGGGUUUCAGUCCGAAAGUUACCGCCACAAAAUAGUCUUGUGUCGGGGGUUCAGUCCGAAAGUUACCGCCACAAAAUAGUCUUGUGUCGGGGUUUCAGUCCGAAAGUUACCGCCACAAAAUAGUCUUGUGUCGGGGGUUCAGUCCGAAAGUUACCGCAACCAAAUAGUCUUGUGUCGGGGGUUCAGUCCGAAAGUUACCGCAACAAAAUAGUUUUGUGUCGGGGGUUCAGUCAGAAAGUCACCGUGAUGUUCUGGAAAUCGGCAGCCCAGCGGGCCGGCGUUGUCCGGUCCUGGUGUCGAACCGCCGGCCUUACCAGGCGCCGUCAGUCGCUCUUCACCUCCGCCAAGUUAAGCCAAGAAGACGUGGAGGUGAGCCGGACAGUGCGGGAGUGCGCCCUGGCGGUGAGCCCCUUCAGCACGGUGCGAGCGCGGCUGGCCUGCAGUAUAUCCGUCCAGCCCGUGGACCCGCAUGCCUUCCCUGAAGCUGACCGAGCCUUCGUCACUAUCCGCGGAGGAAAGUCGCCGAGCAGCCAGGAGGAGGUUGCGGGUGACUUUGACGUCCAGUACGACGAACACGACAAGGAGCUGCUCAUCUCGUCCGAGAGGGAUGACAGCAGCCUGUCGGUGCAUGUGUCUGCUCCCAUUAAGAGUAAUAUCGUCAUUAACACCCGUGGGAAAGGCAACGUGGAGGUGAAGAAUAUGGAGUGUGACAUCUGCCUGGUGCACACAGAAGAAGGCACAUGUUCACUGCACUCCGUCAAGGGUCGUCACGUGGAGGUGCGCUCAGGUGGAGACGUCAGCGUGGGCACCGUCCACGGCAACGUGGACAUCAGAGCUUCAGGAGACAGUGUGGUUCGUGUCAAGAAGCUGCAGGGCACCACCAUGAAGGUCUCCACGGAACAUGGCGGUCUGAAGGUCAAGUCCAUCUACGCCGAGUCCAGCUGCAUCUCAUCCAGCACGGGGAUCGUGAAACUGAGACUCAUACACGGGGACGCGUCUGUGAGGAACACAUCAGGGGACACACACAUAGACGGUUCAAAUGGCUCCUUGAAGGUCUCCUCUCAAAGCGGGGGCAUUGACGUCUACGUGGGAGACGGAGGAAGCGCCGAGGUGCUCAGCCAGGAAGGAGCGGUGUGCAUACGCGUGCCGUCCUCGCUGAGAGCAGAGGUGGAGCUCACCGGCGCCUCGGUGCACAUCGGCCGUGAUGUGACGUUGCAUCAGCUGCAGAGGAACACCACUGAGAGCCACACCGGAGUUACUGGCUACAUGAACACCGACAGUUCGGCGGAGCGGCGGAUCAAAGUGACAACAAAAAGUGGCUCGGUCAGCCUGAGGACUCAAAGCUGGUUCGAGUCCCUGAAGCUGGGGGGAUAAAAAAAAAAAAAAGUAAGCUCACUCAGAGACCACACUGCAAACACAGUGGAAAAACUGAAAUCUAAGUAAGAUUAAAUAUCUCAAAUAAGGGUGAUAUUUGCUUAUUUUCUGUCUGAUUUGAUCAUUCUUCUCACUUAGCAGAUUUUAUGUUAGAGCAGUGGAGGGUUCGGUACCUUCUUGGAGGUACCGAACCUUUCUCUAAUUAAAUAAAUGAUAAAUGGGUUGUACUUGUAUAGCGCUUUUCUACCUUCAAGGUACUCAAAGCGCUUUGACACUACUUCCACAUUUAUCCAUUCACACACAAAUUCACACACUGAUGGAGGGAGCUGCCAUGCAAGGCGCCAACCAGCACCCAUCAGGAGCAAGGGUGAAGUGUCUUGCUCAGGACACAACGGACGUGACGAGGUUGGUUCUAGGUGGGAUUUGAACCAGUGACCCUCGGGUUGCGCACGGCCACUCUCCCGCUGCGGCACGCCGUCCCUUAAAAAUAAAAUGUUUUUUUUCCUUCAAAUUCAAGACAAAGUUAUAUGUUUUUGGUAACACUUUAGUAUAGGGAACAUAUUCUAAGCAACAAAUACUUAAUUCUGUCAUGAUCUGUGGUCUGGAUCAUGUUUUCGUUAGUUUUUGGACUCUUUCAGUUCCUGUUUGCGCUCCCUUGUACCAUGAAUCGAUUAACCUGGACCCCGACUUAAACAAGUUGAAAAACUUAUUCGGGUGUUACCAUUUAGUGGUCAAUUGUACGGAAUAUGUACUGAACUGUGCAAUCUACUAAUAAAAGUAUCAAUCAAUCAAUUGUUUUGUUCAGUUACCAUGCCGACUUAUGAUUUUCACCUGCCUCUGGUUUUCGGACCGCGCACCUGUUUCUAAUCAAGACCCUUAUUUGAGCCUGUCUUCGCCAGUCAGUCGGCCUGGCGUCAUUGCUUGUUUUCAUACGAUACCACAGUUCAUGUUGCUCGAUUCAUGCCGUGGUCUCGUAAGACUUGUUUAUUUCUUGCCACAGUUUUGUGUUUUUUUGAAGCCAUAGUUUAUGUUUGUUAACCUCAUGCCCCGCCAAUAUGUAUCGAGUUAAUAAUUAUGUUCCUACCUGCAAGCCUUGUCCGGAAUAGUCCGUUUGCAUCCUGGGAGAACAAACCUUGCAGUAAGCUGCGACCCCCCCAGUCAUGACAGAAUGAUAAUAAGUCGGGAUGAUAACCAAACAAAACAAGGGAGCGCAAAUAGGAACUAAAAGAGUCCAAAAAAUAAAAAUAACACAUAAUCCAGACCACAGAUCAUGACAAAUUUAGAGUUAUUUGGACACUAGGGGAACAUAUUCUAAGUAAUAAAGGCUGAAGAGGUAUUUGGUUAGGAUUAGGGUUAUAAUAAGGCAUUAAUAAGUACUUAAUAAUGAGUAGUUAAGAGCCAAUAUGUCACCAAUUUGCAUGUUAAUAAGCAACUAAUUAAUGGUGAAUAUGUUCCCCAUACUAAAGUGUGACCAUGUUUUUUUCUACUGGUGCACAGAAUGAACCAUGCAUGAACAUCACCUUGUUCAGACAACAAAACCAACACAGUGCAUAAACUUACAUCAAAUUACACACCUGCAAAUCAUUCAGCUGUUGCCGUGUCCGUAUUUCGCCGAUAGGGAGAAGUUUGUAUUUACACGAUGAGUCGGGUGUGUUUUGACCUCCAUCGAAACCCCUGAGGUCGACUCACCGAACCCCUAGGGUUUGAUCGAACCCAGGUCAAGAACCACUGUGUUAGUGUUUUCUUUUGGUCCCAAAUGAUCUCAGUAAGAUAUUACAGCUUGUUGCUGAGAUUUGAUGACCCUAUAUUGAGUAAAACGUGCUUGAAACUAGAAUAUCAACUGAUGCAAAGAUGUAUCAUCAACACUCUCAAGUAAUAAAACUACUUUUUUUUAAAGCACCGUA